CUUCGAGAGCACACCGUCGAUGCUUUGCUCUGGCGGACCUCAUUCCACUAAAUCAUAUUUCUGAAGAUUUUUCAAGGAUUGUGAAUACAUAUUCAAGUUGUUAUUCACGAUUACAACCUCAUCUGAAUAAUUUCUGCCACUUAUCAAAAAUUUGUGUUAUUCUUUGGUGUUAAUAGUGUAAAUCUUGUCAGAAAAAAAGACAAAAUGUUUACACAUUGAACGUAUUGUCCUAAAAAUAUAAUUGAAAAAAUUAUUGUUAAUUGCGUAAUAUAAUUGUGGAUUAAUAUUAUAGUCAUGGAUAGAAAACGGCGAUUGACAGGUCAUAUUGACCCCUGAUGCAGCGGUUGUGACCUGGGGGUCAUAUCACCCGUGUGGAGUGACCUGGGGUCAUAUGACCCGUGUGGAGUGACCUGGGGUCAUAUGACCCGUGUGGAGUGACCUGGGGUCAUCACGGUUGGUGGUCAAUAUGCCGCGUCGUGUAAGUCGUGUCCUGGAUGAGGAACGGAUUACUAGGACCCCAUCUGACCUGCUGGUGGAGAUCCACGUGUAUAUCCUGCCACAGGAUAAGUGGAUCCCCUUCAGGAGACUGGCAAGGAACCAGGUGGUGGAGGAGACCGUGUCGGCAGGCUUCGUCAGGGUCCUGCCUGAACUGACCCUCCAUGAUCUGCGCCAGGAACUUCUGUCGCAGCUCAGUGAUGAUUUACCGGAGAAUUACGUCUAUAUCAAGAGUGUCGGAAGGAAUUUUACGCAGGUGAAGCCCCGUCAGGAGCAGGUAGUGAAAGUGAAGAGCUUCCUGCCGCCGCACGCUGACGAACCAGAGAUCCACGUGUUGGAGUUAAGUCAAGAUCUACUGAGAUACGCCCCUAGCCUCUCCAACCUCCUGGCCUCCGACAACGAACUCUCUGACUCUCAUGCAGCUUCUAGACUCAAUCACUACGAUGCUAUCAGGAGACGCGAGAACUUCCUGCUGUGGGAAGAAGGGUUUCAGCGGACUGUCGAAGGCGACGAAGGGGAACGAGGUCGUGCUUCUGGUGAGAGUGUGGAGGUGGCGGGGAGGAAGUGGAGUGACCCCAGGAGGUGGGUGGAGGGAUCUGAACGCUGGGGCGACGCCAGGCACAACGCUGAGGGCUGGGGCGACGCCAGACACGACGCUAGGCACGACGCUGAGCGCUGGGGCGACGCCAGACACGACGCAGAGCGCUGGGGCGACGCCAGACACGAGGCUGAGCGCUGGGACGACGCUAGGCACGACGCUCUGCUCCAGAAAGAACAAGAAAGAUGGGAUGCCAUAAGGGCAGGCAGAGGAACAGAAAGAGGCCAAAAUCCUCAGAGAGGGGCGAAACGCGAUCAUCAUUUGCAAGGAGUAAGAGACGGUGACCAGCGGAAUGGGAGAGAGACUGGACAGGAGAGCAGCAAUGACCAGCUGGAAGAGCAGAUCUCUUCCAGACGGGCCAGAGAUGCAAGUGUUGGACAAAAUGAUAGAGAAAAUGGCGAGAUUUUCGGACCGAUCGAAGGACAGAUGGACAAGCGCAAGGGAAUGGACAGAGGAGAAACAGAAGAAAUUAUUUACAAUCGACACGAGCGAGCGGUCGACGGACAGAACGGUGGAACAAGUGACGGGCAGGAUGGGGCAACCAGUGACGGACGGGAGGCAGGGACCAGUGACGCUCAGUCUGGCGGAGAUCAGGAGAGCGCCAGGAGGAGGACGGUCAUACGGAGGAAAGACAGGAACAACGCCAGAGGAGACGGGCAGAGCGAUGCCAGCGGAGACAGCUACAGCGACGGACAGGCAUUACCCCGGAGCCACACCCAGCCCAGGAGCAGGGGAAGAAUCAAAGGAAAGGGAGGAGAAGGCAGGAGUGUAGGGAAGACAGACGGGAGAGGUGGAGCGAGGAAAGAGAACCGUAGGAAAGGACGGAAGGGAAAGGAGAAGGAAGGAACGAACGAGGAACAAUUGGCAGAAGAAGUCGAGCAGGAAGAUGAAACAGGUGAGAUAGGAAUAAGAGGAGAACAAGAAAACGUCCGAGGCCAGACACGACCAAAACAAGGAAAGAAGGGUCAGGAAAUCCACGAAAAUCAAAUGAGACGACGAAAGAGAGAGAACGAAGGAAGAGGCGUGAAGAAGCAAAUCAAACAACAGGCAGAAGAGAAUGGGGAAGUGGGAAAGAGUCGAAGAGAACUGAGAGCAGAAGAGCAGGAAGUUCAGGAAGGAGAGAAUGUGGACAAUAUAAGAGAAAACGGGAGUGGAGAGCAAGAUCAGAGCCAAGAAUUACAUCUUGAACAACAGGAUAAACGUCUUGUAUUUGGCCGAGGUAGAAGAGCUGCAGACCAAGAUGGUGGUGCUGACGGUGGUGGUGCUGGUGGUACUGUUAGAGCUGCUGGUGCUGGCGGUGGUGGUGCUGGUGGUACUGUUAGAGUUGCUGGUGCUGGCGAAGAUACUGGUGUUGUUGAUGCUGGCGGUGUUGUUGGUACUGGCGGUGUUGUUGAUGCUGGCGGUGAGGUUGGUGCUGGCGGUGUUGUUGGUGCUGGUGGUGUUGUUGGUGCUGGCGUGCUGCUGGCGCUGGCGGUGCAGUUGGUGCUGGCGGUGUUGUUGGUGCUGGCGGUGCUGUUGGUGCUGGCGGUGCAGUUGGUGCUGGCGGUGUUGUUGGUGCUGGCAGUGCUGCUGGCGCUGGCGGUGCAGUUGGUGCUGGGGGUGCAGUUGGUGCUGGCGGUGUUGUUGGUGCUGGCGGUGAGGUUGGUGCUGGUGCUGACGGUGCUGUUGCGGCUGGUGCUAGUGCUGGUGGUGUUGGCGGUGCUGCUAGUGCUGGCGGAGCUGUUGCUGUUGUUCUGCUGCUGGUUCUAG